GCUCUGCAGCGCUGCAGCCGUGCGGAGCGGGCGGGUGGGGAUGGCCGUGGCCGUAGCUGUGGGGAGACCGGCGAAUGAUGACCUUCGAAACCUGUCCCUGUCUGGUCAUGUUGGCUUCGACAGUCUUCCAGAUCAGCUGGUCAACAAGUCAACGUCACAAGGCUUUUGCUUCAACAUACUAUGUGUUGGUGAAACUGGCAUUGGCAAGUCAACAUUAAUGGACACUCUGUUUAACACAACGUUCGAAAGUGAGCCAGCCACCCACAAUGAGCCCGGAGUGAGGUUGAAAGCACGAAGUUAUGAACUCCAGGAGAGCAAUGUCCGUCUGAAGCUGACCAUUGUUGACACAGUUGGAUUUGGAGACCAAAUUAACAAAGAUGACAGCUAUAAGCCCAUUGUAGAAUAUAUUGAUGCCCAGUUUGAAGCCUACCUGCAGGAAGAGCUGAAGAUCAAGCGUUCCCUGUUCAACUACCAUGACACGAGGAUUCAUGCUUGCUUGUACUUCAUUGCACCAACAGGACAUUCACUGAAAUCUCUAGACCUGGUCACCAUGAAGAAGCUUGACAGUAAGGUGAACAUUAUUCCUAUAAUAGCCAAAGCUGACACAAUUGCAAAAAAUGAAUUGCAUAAAUUCAAAAGUAAAAUCAUGAGUGAACUUGUCAGCAAUGGAGUUCAAAUCUAUCAGUUCCCAACAGAUGAAGAAACUGUGGCGGAGAUAAAUGCUACAAUGAGUGUCCACCUUCCGUUUGCUGUUGUUGGCAGCACUGAAGAAGUCAAAAUUGGCAACAAAAUGGCAAAGGCCAGGCAGUAUCCUUGGGGUGUUGUGCAGGUUGAAAAUGAAAACCACUGUGACUUUGUGAAGCUGCGUGAGAUGCUGAUCCGUGUGAACAUGGAGGACUUGAGAGAGCAGACACACACACGGCACUAUGAACUCUACAGGCGCUGCAAGCUAGAAGAAAUGGGAUUCAAAGAUACUGACCCAGAUAGCAAACCAUUUAGUCUUCAAGAGACCUAUGAAGCGAAGAGGAAUGAAUUCCUGGGUGAGCUCCAGAAGAAAGAAGAAGAAAUGAGACAGAUGUUUGUCAUGAGAGUGAAGGAAAAAGAAGCAGAGCUGAAAGAAGCAGAAAAAGAUCUCCAUGAGAAGUUUGACCUUCUAAAGCGGACACACCAAGAAGAGAAAAAAAAAGUAGAAGACAAAAAGAAGGAGCUUGAGGAGGAGCUGAGCAACUUUCAAAAGAAGAAGGCUGCAGCUCAGCUACUACAGUCGCAGGCCCAGCAAGCAGGUUCCCAACAAACCAAGAAAGACAAAGACAAGAAAAACUUCUUCUUUAUGUAACCGUCACCUUGCCAAGUCCCCACACCCUAUCUCCUAAAGGACAGUAGGCGCUUUAGAAGAGCCAGCGGUACAUGUAUGCACCCCGUUGGGAGAAGUUACCUCAUUUUUCCCUCAUCUCUGCCUUUUUCUUUUUUUUAAACUGUG